GUGGUCUUCUCCAACUUUCUCUCCUGUCUGGACGAGACGGAAGGCGCCAUGCUCUCUGCCGGCAUCCCGAUCUACCGCAUCGAUGGCAGAACCAGCAUCCUCCAGCGCCGAAGGUUGAUACAGGACUUUGAAGCUGCUCCUCACGGCGCCGUCCUCCUCCUCAGCACCAAGGUCGGAGGCGUCGGCCUUUCUCUCACCAUGGCCUCGAGAGGCUACAUGAUGGAGCCAUGGUGGAACGCCGCGGUAGACGAGCAGGCGAUGCAUCGGCUCCACCGCAUCGGGCAGACGCGUCCUGUGACCAUCAUCCGCUACAUCUGCGAGGGAACCAUAGAGCAGAGGAUCAUGGACAUGCAG